AUGCCGCUGCCGCCCACGCCCGCCGGGGCGCUAGCCCAGAGCAUCGCUGCGAAGCAGCGGACCAGCAACGUCUUCAGCGACAACGAGCCGCUGCGGCGCCCCAGCGCAUGCGGGGCUGACCAGCAGACGAGGCUGUUUGCAAAGAACUUGAGGACCCACACGCCGCGCUCGCCGUCAGUGGGCCGCUCCACUUCUUCUCUUGCCUCGCAGCCUCUUGAACGCUCGCAGCGGAACUACAUGAGGGCCACCAGCAGCUCGCGCCGGCGCAGCAGAAAUGCGGGCGGCGCAGACCACAGCGUGGCCGCUGAGACCCCCCGCCAGCUCCUUGCGCCCAACAACCCCUCUGCUUCCCGCGUCCGCAGCCAGAGCCCCUACAGAGCUGCUGGCCAGCUGGCUCCAACUGCUUCCCUGCAUGCGCUGCCGCGGCUGGCCCCGCUGCGGCAGGGGCCUCCUCUGCCGCGGGGGCGGGGGGCCCCUGCUGCACUGCAAGAGGGGGAAGCAGCAAACCGAGUGGGGGCAGACUUGCGCCGCCAGAACAGCAGCGUGGCGGGGGAGGCGGUGUGUUCGUGGAGCCUUGGGCGAAGCCACACGAGCCUGCUUCCCGUGGCCGCGCCGCAGCAAGAGCAGCAGCAGCAGCAGAGGAAGCAGGGGAGUCUCAGCAGCAGCUGGACUGUUCGAGACCCCCUGACCAGCGCCGGCAACGCGCAUGCAGACUUGGUCGAAGCUGAUGAUGCAACGCUGCAGCUGGAUGCCUCUGACCAGCGCGAGCUGUCGCAGAUCACGGCCUCCUUCGAGAGGUCUGGCCUCUUCACCUGCAUUUCCGAGACCACCAGCGCCCGGGGGCGCGAAGUGGCAGCUAGCUCGAGAUUCAACUCUGCUGCUGCUGCUGCUGCUGCUGCUGCGCAUAAUGCUGCGAACGAAGACUACGGCUUUUCUGUGCGAAAGAAUGCGGAAAGCAGCAACGGCGAAGGCCGCUCACUGGCUGAGGGGCUCCUCAGAGGCUCGGCACUUUCGAACAUGACAGAGAAAAGUCAACAACAAAGAGGACAGGGAGCACCUGCCUACGCGGCUCAGGCACUAGGCCAGCAGCAGCAACAGCAGGAACUGCAGCAGCAGCAAAUGCGUCAGCAGCAGCAGCCACAGCAAGAGCAGCUGCGGUCUUGGCCGCGACCUCCCCAACAGCAGGAAGAAGCCUCGAGCGUGGGAGCCGGUGGCCUCAACAUCUGCGGCAGUGGAUUUGGGCAUGAGCCCCCUGGCAGCGACACGAGACCCUGCGCAGCUUCUUCUUUCUUCGGCGGAGGCUCAUUUGCCUCAGUUUGGCUAUCACCCUGCGGGGAUCUGUGGCGCAUUAUGGGUAGGGUUGGCUGGUGUUUUCGCUUUGCUGUAGUGCUGAUUGUGUGUCUGUGGCGGCUGCUGAACACCUCCUACGACUCCUGGAGUGCCCGCCAGUUCAGACAAGACUUUUCGGAUAUGUUGGCUGGCAGGGAGCCCCCAGUGAAGGCCCCGUUCUUGGGUUGCCGCGGAUCCCUCAACAGAGGCAGCGGCGCAGCUCCGGCCCUCACACCGGAGGGCUUGCUGGAGCGUGUCAGUGCAGGAUCCACAACCCAGAGGCAACAAAAACAGCAAAAUACGAAACCCUACCUACGCAGGAGCUCCGCUGCUCGCUCGAGCCUGGGCAGUGUACACCCGCGUGAUAAAGACACAGCACUCACUGCAGCCCGCGGAUACGGCUCAAGUUGCACGGCGACAGAAGGCAGGCCCGUGGGCGGUGUUCUUUCUCUUCUGAAGGCUUUUUCUAUUGCACUCAGCGUUGUCGGUUUGUUCUGCUGGCUGCUGCUAACCGCCGCUCCAAAGGAAGAAUUCGUAGACUUCGAUUUCAUGUGA